AGCACAAAUCGCAACCGUCAGAUGCAGAUCCAACUGCAGGCACGCCACCACCCUUCUCUCCCUUUUUAACAAACCAAACCCCACUCCAGGAACACCCCUCUCGUGCGCCGCCGUCUUCAACCUUCGCUUCCUCCAGCGUUCGUCUCGCUACCUCGAGAUCACCUGUGACAUUUUUUGAGGCGCGAUGGCGGCAUCCUUCUCCAAUGUUAACUCUGAGGCAGGCCUGAAGAAGCUCAAUGAUUACCUGCUCUCCCGCAGCUACAUCAGUGGAUACCAAGCUUCCAAGGAUGACAUGGGUGUGUAUUCUGCAUUUUCGGUGGCUCCUCCCUCGAAGUACACCAAUGUUGUAAGAUGGUACAAUCACAUUGAUGCACUUCUAAAGCUGAGCGGAGUUACUGCACCUGGUCAAGGUGUCAAGGUCGAGUCAUCAGUUGUGCCUGAAGUCUCAACUCCUGACGUCUCUGAGGCCCCUGCAGCUGAUGAUGAUGAUGAUGACGAUGUUGACCUUUUUGGUGAGGAGACUGAAGAGGAGAAGAAGGCAGCUGAGGAACGUGCUGCCAAAGUUAAGGCUUCUGGCAAGAAGAAAGAAUCUGGGAAGUCCUCAGUUUUGCUUGAUGUCAAACCGUGGGAUGAUGAGACCGACAUGGCCAAGCUCGAGGAAGCUGUGAGGAGCGUCAAGAUGGAGGGCCUACUCUGGGGUGCCUCCAAGCUCAUGCCAGUUGGAUAUGGCAUCAAAAAACUGCAAAUCAUGAUGACAAUUAUUGAUGACCUUGUCUCUGUUGACACUCUUAUUGAGGACCACCUUUGCGUCGAGCCAGCAAAUGAGUACAUUCAGAGCUGUGAUAUCGUUGCCUUCAACAAAAUCUAAAUGUUCCGGAAGUAAGCAAUGACAGUCGAUGGACUAUGCAGUGGCAUAAUAUAUCAAUAGUUUUUUUCCCGUUGCUAUGAUCAUCCUGGUAUUGGCUAAGCAGUUCCAUGUCAUGUUUUUGGAAUUUAGGUCGAGUUGAGAUUGUAGUGGUACUGUUACUACCAUAUGUGCACUUUGUACAAGACGAUCUCUGUUGCUAUUUAUUUGUGUCUCCCGUUUUGCUGGUA